ACCUUAGCGACACAAUGAAGUAGCGGUGUAAAUAACCCCUGUAUAUGAAACAGCAUUAUUUAGUUUUUUGUAGAAUUAGAAAUUGGAGUCUUACAUGGUUGUGGUGUUUCGGUUUCGACGGUUAAGCGGUGAAUAUCUUUGAAGUAACUCGCUAAAUUAUUUAGUGGUUGCUUAGUGAGACUGAAACCUCUCAUCUAGCUAACCUCCUUCAGCCUUGCACUGUAGUAUAUCACAGCUAUCAGCAAGUCUGCGCCAUGGAGUUUCCUUUUGACAUUAAUCAGUUGUUCUCUGAGAGGAUCUCCAUUCUGGACCAGAAUCUUGUUGCAAGUCGCCAAUCUAAAGAAAAGCCAGAUCUUCGGGUCAAAAUUGCAACAGUUCUUGAUGAACUUGGGGAAGCCUCAGCAAAGGCACAAGACCUCCCAGCUCCUAUAACAAGUGCUUCCAAGCUGCAGUUCCAGAAGCAUCAGUUGUACCUGAUGAAGGACGGAGAGAGCAGCCGAGGACGGGGUGUGGUUGUGGGAUUUCUGAAGGUUGGCUACAAGAAGUUAUUUCUGCUUGAUCGAAAUGGUGUGCACAUCGAAGUAGAGCCACUGUGUGUUUUGGAUUUCUACAUUGCAGAAAACUUACAGCGACAUGGCUAUGGGCUAGAACUAUUCAAUUUUAUGUUACAGCAUCAGAACGUGGAGCCAGUGUUGUUGGCAUAUGACAGACCUUCCACCAAAUUGCUGGCAUUUCUGGCUAAGCAUUACAAUCUGAGGCAGAGCGUUCCUCAGGUCAAUAACUUUGUUGCCUUUGAGGACUUCUUCUACAAAAGAGCAGUGUCCCAGUUGAGAAGAGUAAAAAAGCCUGAUGGAGAGAUUAAGCCUUAUUCUUUAAUGGAAAGAGAAGCGGUACGCCAAGAGCAGAGGACACUUCCUUGGCCAUUUGCUGCUCCUCAGUCUCCUCACCGCUCAGUAUCUUCCCAGUGCUCCCAGUCUCCCAGUGCGGGCUCCUCUCCCAGGAGGGUGCUUCCAUGUGUCACACAUCCAACGUUUGCUGGAGACAGCAGGGAGCAGAGCCCACAUUCACCUCUGAUGGACUGCUGCAGGACAAGACGUAGCAAUAGCGAAAAGGGUUUAGUUGCCAGAUCCAACCUGUACAGUCGACACAUGGACAUCAGACAUGCUGGACUCCUGGACAGAAACUCAGGUUGGACACCAAUGGGAGAUCAGACAUGUGCACUGGGCUGGAAAAACGAACACAGUAUUGUCUCUCUGUUGAGGAGAGCCCAGCCUGGCCUGGCAGCGCCGCCUGGACCCCAGAGUGAUGAUGUUUACAGCCUGACUACCACAGAUGGCACAAAGAAGCACCUGGAUUCAGCCGCUGAGUCCCAUGCAACGUCAGACAAGACUAAAGUGUUGGACAAUAAACAGAGCUCAUCUGAAGGCAACCACAAACCUCUAGAGAAAGAUCAUAUCAGAAAACAGCCAGACUGGUCAUGGGCAGUGGGAGGAAACUACUCCACUGCACAGUGGGUCAAGCAGAAUCAGGUUUACAGAAGCACCCGCCCUUGGUGAUCAGGAACAUCUAACAUGGAUGACCAAGAUAAACACAGUAGCCACACAUGGAUAAGCCGGACUGCUGUAUUAAAUUAAGCAGAAUGUUCCAAACCAAUGUUUCUGAGUCGGUUGUUGAGUGUGGAGUGCAGUUUUGAAUCUGUGACAACUGAACAGUCACACUUCCAUGAUACUGUACUGUAACAGUUUUACUUUAAAUCCAGUUUCAGUGAAGCCAAAAUACUUGAGUCAGAUGUUUGUUGUUAUUGGAACUCCACAGUUCCCAAUAGCCUGUGACAUUGAGGGGGAAAAUCCACUAAAUCCACUGGUGCCACGUUAGGGCUCCAUGGUAGCACACUUAGUAGCCCUGUUGCUUAGCAGCAAGAAGGUCCUGAGUUCAAAUCCCUGCUCUUCUUUCUGCUUGGAGUUUGCAUGUUCUCCUCUUACGUGUGUGGGUUCUCUCUGGGUACCCCAGCUUCCUCCCACAGUUCACAAACAGAACCAAUAUGCUGGAAUAAAAAACUCUUUAUUGAAUUCAUGUGUACCAGCAGCAAGCUAAAGGUAAAUAGAAGUGUGCCAAUUCACACUUCUAUUUUUUAUGAUUUUUUUUAUUACUAUUAAUUUAUGAAUUACACUAACUGCUGCUUCUAAAUUCUCCAUAACUGUGAAUUUAUGUGUAUGAUUAUAUGCCUGUGAUGUGCUCAGAGUAGCACCAGUCUGUCAGACUGCCCAGGGCAGCUGUGGCUACUAUGUAGCUAACCAGCAUCAGUGUGUGAAUGUGUGUAAUAAUUAGUGAAUGACUGACUCCAGUGUGAAGUCCUUUGGAAUUAUCAGACUUUACCAUUUACCUCGCCUCAUGCCCAGUAACCCCUGACCUCUGGAUGAUACCUCAUCGGCUAGUGUUAAAGUAAACAGCUUUCUCCAAUGCUUUGGAGUCAGUGAGUCAGAUAUAUUUGGUAAAUCUUUAUUAGGCGUAUUAGUGUGGAUUUGAUUCCCAAUUCUUUACGUUAUUAAUACAAAACCACAAUAUUUGUAUUGUUAGGUUUAUUUAUUCAGUUGGUGGAUUAUUUGUAAAUAACUGACAAAAAGUUGUCAUGUUGAUACAAGUGGUAACAUGGACCCUCUUACUAUCUUAACAAAAUCUGCUGAAUGAUAAAAACAAACCCUUUAACUGCACUGUUCAAGUAAAGAGUGAGGAAGAGUCUGAUGAUGAUAAUGAAACAAGCCAAACCUGUAUCUAUCGGCAACGCGUCAUCAUGACAACCAUCCUUUGUUCUGGGUGAACUCACCCUGUAACUUGACUUUCUAAGUAUGAAGAACUGCUACUUAUCUCCUGUCGACAUCUGGCUGUUUAUAAUUGCAGCCCUUUGCUGAUGCGUUUCUUUAUGUUGACUCAUUCUGCAGGGGUUGUUCAACUUCUGACCUGUCCAAACAAAUUCUUUUUUUUUUUUAAUAAAAGCCACUGGGCGUGCUGUGGUGGCGUAGGGGUUAGCGCGACCCAU